AUGAUUGAAUUGGGGAAGGAAGAAGGAGAAGGGGCUGAAGAGAAAUUGAGAGAGGCCAUAGGGAUAUUGGAGCAAGAGAGAAGUUUAAUGGAGAAGGUACCAGAUAAGCAACUUGAGGACAAAACUAAGAGGCUCAGACAAGCAUGUUUCAAAGCAAACUAUAAGAAGAGGAAGCUUAUGGGUAUGAUGGAAAUGCAAUCACCUUAUAGCAGUAACUGUGCAAGUGUGGAAGAAGCUACUGGGGAAUGUGGGACUAGGCAUGAAGAUGAAUAG